AUGCCAACCAGGGGGAUGACACUUGGCAGUAUCUACAAGGAUUCAAACUAUGCCCACAACAUCAUUCGUGAAAGUAAAGAUGGAAGGACCGUGGAGCCGCUACCUGACCCUACUGUCUCACUUGGAGACAAGCGUCGCGAAAUCUACCUCUUGAUUCCUGGAAAAGAGGCCGUCGUUCAACAAGUUUUGAGUGGCACUGUUCUCAUCUGCCGCAAAGUGGCAACUCAAUCAAUGAGUGCGGCCGAAUGGCAUUCCCGCCCAUCAAACCCCGGUGAUUUGGAGCAUCGUGCGGAACGUUCGCGAUUGGAUGAGUUAAGCGCUGAUGCCGUAAUUUCCUUGUCCAGACCUGCCGUUGGUCCUGUCAUACCUGUGGUCAUAGAUGAACAGAUGAACAAGCAGGUUAUCAGUGUCAACGGCUAUUUCGUAGCACACACACUGUGAUAUCGAGGUUAAAAUAUUUGUAUGCUGGACGUCUCCUUCCCACGUUGCAUGUCGAAUCUCCAACUGUCAACGUUGAGAGUGAGUGGCCUAAAAUACUCGUUGAUUAUACACAUCCGCAUGUUGGGUAUGCACUGAGUGGGACUGGCUUGAUUUUACGACGCUGGGUAUUGGCAUCACAUGAAGUCGAAGGUGAUAUUCUACUGGCGGUCAGUUGCGUUUCGCUGCAUGAGGUUCAACUGGUCCCUUCGCCACUUGGAGAACUUUUGAAAAAACAUGAAAGGCCAAGGCAACCGUGCUGAGGAACAUUCUCCAUGACUGGCCUCCCACGGGUGUCAACUUUAAAGUGAAAGAGUUCUCAAACGAAAGGAACAGGAUCGGGUGUUAAAUGUUUGCAGUGA